AUGGGGAAAAGAAAGACGCAGCUGGCCAGAAGAUCGUUCAGAAGGUCUUUGGCUGAACUACAUUUUCCAAUCUGUGUAGGAAAACUAUUUAACGUCAUCACUCACUGACACAUGCGCAAAAGGCUAGGGAUGAGGACGAGUAAGCAACAAGUAAAGCGAGAACAACAAGCAACGCAGCUAGCUACCAAGAAGAUGAGUGUGUGACCCAGACAGGGCCAAGAAAACACAGAUUUCGGACACCAUGAAUCCUGAAUAUGACUACCUGUUCAAGCUACUUCUGAUUGGUGAUUCAGGGGUGGGAAAGUCUUGCCUCCUGCUUCGAUUUGCGGAUGACACCUACACGGAAAGUUUCAUAAGCACCAUCGGCGUGGACUUCAAAAUCCGAACUAUUGAAUUGGACGGCAGGACCAUCAAACUACAGAUUUGGGACACUGCUGGUCAGGAGCGGUUUCGCACCAUCACCUCCAGCUAUUACAGAGGAGCCCAUGGUAUCAUCGUUGUCUAUGAUGUAACAGAUCAGGAGUCUUACAACAAUAUAAAGCAGUGGCUGCAGGAGAUUGGCCGCUAUGCCAGCGAGAAUGUCAACAAGCUGCUGGUGGGUAACAAGUGUGACCUCACCACCAAGAAGGUAGUAGACUACACGACAGCCAAGGAAUUUGCUGACUCCCUAUCCAUCCCCUUCCUGGAGACCAGUGCGAAGGAUGCAACUAACGUGGAGCAAUCCUUCAUGACCAUGGCGGCUGAGAUUAAGAAGCGCAUGGGGCCCGGGGCCACGGCAGGAGGAGAGAAGCACAACCUGAAGAUUGACAGCACUCCAGUGAGGCAGUCUGGGGGAGGAUGCUGUUAGGACGGUCCUGCCCUCUCCUCGCACCCCCAGAGGCCCAUGAGAAGAGUAAUAGUAUUGGGUUGAAGUUGGGGUACUUCUGACAGAACAGGAAAAUAUGGUGGUGGGAUCUUCAAGAACUGGCUGACAUUUUUUACCUCUUGACCAAUGCCCAUAAUUGAGUGAGUAAGAAAGUUUUGUGCUGAAGGAAUAGUCCCCCCCUCAACUUAAAAAAAAAAAAAAAUACAUUUCAAUGAUAUGCACAGAAGUGGAAAUAACUUAAUAAAACAAAUGUGAUCAGGCAUAACUGAUGAUUGUAACUAAUCCAGCACUUUCUGUCUCUCAUAAUAUGUAUCACAGAUUUUUUUUUUUUUAACACACACACAUAUAUAGUGUGAUUGAAAGAAAUCAUGGAUGUUACCACCAUGGUAUAUUGACCAUAAAUCAUUGGGCCCGUGCACACAAACAUGAUAUAGGGCUGCUGUUGAGGACAUGGUGAAGUCAAAACAGUUUUCGCAACCUGGGGACCACGUGGUGAAUGGAAACCUGCCAUCAUGGUGUUCACAUCUUUAAUGUCUGAUUUAAUCAUUGCUAUAUGAUACUAUUAUUACAUGGUGGUUUUAUUACUGUGAUGUUUGUUUGUUUUUUGAUUCUCUGUUUUCUAAUCUAGAAUGUGUAUAAUCAAUUAUGUUGUUGUUACCUAAUGAUUGAGUGCAUAACCAAAGGCUGACAGCGUUUGGUUCUUUCUGGAGUGGAAGCUGGCUAUAAACAGGAGGGAAUUAAGGCAUGUCCAA